AAAACAUCAGCAGAGGGUCCAACAAGCAUUCCAGAAUCUGAGCCAUCUGACAAUGACCUGGACGGUAAUCCUUCUGAUGAGCAGUCCCAGGUCAUGGAGUUAGAGAAUGACCCUCGGGACCCACACACAAAACCCUCCCCAAAGAGGGAGGGCAGCCAAGCAUGGCGGGGCACUCCAAUGCACAUACUGAACAAGCUGGCAGAUACAGGUGCACCUCAUGGCCCUCUGAAGCCCACAGAAACUCACAAAGUGAUGUUUCAAACACCAUUCACCUAUGACCCGAACAGCACUAAGCCACCCAAGGUCUUCCCGAACUUCCUGGAUAAGUGGGACCAAUAUCAUGUGAGGAUGCCCUGUUCCAACAUGAACGAAUACCCUGUCAACAACAAGAUAUUAAAACGCUGGGAUCUAAUACAAAGAGUGCUCAUUGCUGAAAUUGAAAGUCCACAGGAUUUUGCUGAAAAGGUCUUGGAAUAUAAUAACCAGUAUUAUGAAAAGUGGGACUUCAAAACAUUCAUUUCGUUUUUUGAUGUGGCUUCAAAGGAGGAAAAGCAGCAUUUCUUUUCCAGUGAGGGUAUACUUAGAAAGAUGGCUAAUCUGGCUCUGCAGCUGCCGCAUUUGUGUCCAACACCUAUUCCAUUGUUAAAAAGGGGCACCAACAUGAGUGUGACCUUGAGUCAGCAGCAGAUUGGUUGCCUCUUGGCCAAUGCAUUCUUCUGCACGUUUCCACGCCGCAACUCCCGCAAAAGAUCAUCAGAGUUCUUCAACUAUCCAACCAUCAACUUUAAUACGCUGUUAUGUGGCCCACCAUCAGUUGUGAGAUUUGAAAAGUUGAGAUGCAUUUUUCAUUAUUUCCGCAGAGUUUUUAAAAAGAUGCCACUGGGAACGGUGACGUUCACCAGACAGUGUAUCAAGGACCUGCCUAUAUGGUUCGAUGAGAAGACAACCCUGCGAGGGCUGCACGUCUCAUCCGAGGGCACCAUUGAGGAUGAUGGGAAGGGAUUGCUGCAGGUUGAUUUUGCGAACAUGUUUCUGGGAGGAGGGGUGCUGGGUAAUGGGUGUGUACAGGAGGAGAUACGCUUUCUCAUCUGCCCUGAGAUGAUGGUGUCCAGACUGUUCACUGAGUGCCUUGACAAGAAUGAGUGUCUCAUCAUGACGGGCUGUGAGAGGUUCAGCGACUAUACUGGCUACUCCAGCACUUUUGAAUGGAAGGAAGACUAUAUAGAUGUCACACCAAGAGAUAUCUGGGGCAGGAUACAAUGUGAGGUGGUAGCCAUUGAUGCCUUGGUGAUAUACGACCACAAGUCACAGUUCAAAAUGGGGUCUGUGAUGCGGGAACUUAACAAGGCCUAUUGUGGCUUUGCCAGUGUUGACCCGAACAUUAAGAAGCUGCCAGCUGUGUGUACAGGAAACUGGGGCUGCGGGGCCUUUGGAGGGGACAAACAACUCAAAGCUCUUAUACAGUUGAUGGCAGCAGCUAAGGCAGGCAGGGACCUCUGCUAUUUCACGUUUGACGAUGUAAAGCUAAGGGAUGACAUCUACGAACUUCACAAAUAUCUAACGUCGGACAAUCCACUAUCAAUUAACCAAUUGCUGAAAGUAAUUAAUAGCUACAGAGCAAAGAUUCUUCAGAAGUCAUCAUGGACCAAGAGGACUGGGCCGGGGCUCUAUGAAUACAUUCUGGGUUCGCCAGAUGGUGCAGACAUAGACCAAUUGCAGGAUGAAGAUCUGGCCAGUCAACCAGAGAGUCACAACGCACAGUCGAUUGAUCCAGCAAGUUUAGAAUUUGGUAGCGAAGAAUAUAACGAUGAUGAUGAUAUUGUUGUGUCGGAGGAGAAGAAAUUGAAAAGGGACGAUUCCAUAGACUAUAAAGCUAAUACGCCUUAAUGGUGAUGUGUCUCAGAUUGUAGUAACUAUGUUGUCAUAGCUGAAUGUUGUCAUUGGUAUUGAGAUUUAGAGGGAUUUUUUCUAUGAGAACUGAAAGUUAUUAUUUCUCUUAUCGUUAAUAUAAGAUCACAGACCUUCUGAGUGCAUAAUGGCCUCUUGUGCAGGCAACAUAUUCUUGAUAACAACAACUACCUUUCCUUUAAUGUUGGAGAUAGUGAAGAGAGUUUGUUUUGCAACUAUUUUACUUGUAUAAACAGUUCCACCAGCUAUUGGUUCUGCCCAUGAAUCUGGGUUCUACAAACUAAUUUUGUUUGAUUUCCAAUUAAGACAAAAUAUGUAAGUUUUUAGGCGAAAAUUGAGCCAUAUUAAAUAGUACUAGCUUUAACUAAUGCUGUGAAUUAUUGCAUCUUCAUGCAUUGAUAACAGGAAGGGGGCAUGUAAAUGUGCCUUUGUCUGUCUGAUCAAUUUGUUAGUGCUGGGCGUAACCAAAAAUGUAUUUGUGCUACAGGGAUGAAAGUUUAAAAUCAUAACAACCAUUAACCAGCAUGUUAAAUUGCACAAAUCCCUCUUUUUGUUGGAUUUUUCUUUACUUAAACAGAGUUUUGGACCCGCUUUAUAAGCAAAACAGCCAUUUUUUUAACUUUAUUGUACAUAACUAAAAAAUCUAUUCUUUGAGAGGACUAAAACUGUAACAACAUAUUGACCAGCUGUGAUCUUGUGCCCCUCCAUAUUUUGAUUUGCAGGUUUUAGACAGAAAUUUAGUUAUAACCCUAUUUAUAUGAAAGAAUCCAUUUUUCACUUAUGUUGCAUGUAUUUCAAGAAGUAAUAGAGGGCUUACACUUUUUAAACAUAUUAACGUGUAGAUCUAUAUUAAAUUGUGCAACUCAAUAUAAUGUUUCUGAUCUUUUCGUCUAAACUGUAGUUGCUGCCCCUUUGUGUAAAUUAAAUAUAAUAAAACAGCUUGUUAAAUCUUUGUCAUUCAGCAUGCUAUUUUAAGAUAACUGACUGCAAAUGACAAUUAUAUGGGGAUGCAGUUUCAUGUCUAGCAUUCAUCUCUCUGCCUCAAAGGUCAAGGUCACACUUUACCCAUACAACAGCUUAAAAAUUCCUCUGUCAUCUAUAACUUUGCUUUGUUGCAUGUUGCACUUGUCUCUUUCCCUCAUUGGUCAAGGUCAUACUUCAAAGAUCUAAGUUUACCAUAAAGCAGCUUCUUUGACUGUAAAUUUGUUAUUCAUCAUGGUUGUUAAGAUAACUUACCACUUAUGACACUUUGCAUAUUGUGUGCUAUAUCUGUCUCCUACAUUAGAGGACCAGUCCACACUUAGAGGUCCAAGGUUAGUUUUAGCUAUAUAACGGACAACUUGUCCAGGCUUUCAUACACUAAUUCAGUUUUAAAACACUUUACCACAAAUGACUUAAAUUGUUGCUUAAAUCGGGUAAUGUCUCAAAUGCAAGGUCAUAUUUAAAAGUCAAAUGUCCAUUCUGGCCAUCAGCAACGUUUGUUUGAAAUAAGCAGAGUGGAAUGUGUCUUGUUUAGAUCAUUCCUAUAAUUUUCUUACUUAGUGCCUUCGUUCAGAAAAGUCUUAAACAAUGGGUUUUCAUAACCUCAGGGGAGCACUGAAGGAAAAUCAUGGCCCUGUUGUAUAACAUGAUAUAAGAAAUCAAGGAAGGACAAGGAUAUUUUGCAGUCACAAUUGGGUUUGUUAAAUAGGUUAAUAAAGAUUGUAUUUAUGAAAUAAAAAUCUUCCUGCUUGUAUUUAUGAAAAAAGAAAUCUCUUCCUGCUAAUAUUGUUCAGAUUUUUUAAGGUUGUACAACAAACAAGAUGGUCAAGGUAUUUGUUAAUAUGUUCCUUGUAUCAGGUCAAUUGAGAAGAAUUUUCAUAACAAGGCCAUUUUUUGGUAGUGUUUGUGUUUCGUUUAUUAUUGUGUUUAAGAAGACGUUAUUUAUAUAUAGAUAAACAUACAAUCAAAAUAUGUAUUUAUAAACUCGUACAAUAAAAUGCAUUACAUGAUUGGUUUAUAUUAACCUACUUCUUCAACUGAAAUCUAAUUGACAAAGUGACUUGUGGUUUCUUUGUUAGAGCUU